UCCUUCUGCAAGUCAAGAGAAGGGAGAAGAAACUAAAAGCUUUCCGAUCAAGAACGAAAACCAGAAAAUCGACGCCAUGGAAGGUACAGAAGGCACACAGCAACCUCACCUAGUUCUAGCUAACAAGCUAUUCCUUCUUACUCAUUCCGAUGUCGAUGACAUUGAAAAAGUUCGCCUUCGUGACGAGGUCAUGUCCACUGUCGUGGCCGACGACAUGGCGCCGUUGUACGAAACCCUAGCCGCGAGUUCGGUGCUGGAACUCGACCAGAAGGUCUUGGAUUCCAUGCGUGCUAAGAUUGCCGAAGAGCUCAAGAAGCUCGAUGAAAAAAUUGCGGAUGCUGAAGAAAAUUUAGGAGAAAGUGAAGUUAGAGAAGCUCAUUUGGCAAAAUCUUUGUUCUACAUCCGGAUUGGUGACAAGGAGAAAGCACUAGAACAACUGAAGGUGACAGAAGGCAAAACAGUUGCUGUAGGGCAAAGAAUGGACUUGGUAUUUUACACUCUACAAAUGGGUUUCUUCUACAUGGAUUUUGAUCUUAUAUCAAGAAGCAUCGAUAAGGCAAAGAACUUGUUUGAGGAAGGAGGUGAUUGGGAAAGGAAGAACAGACUGAAAGUGUAUGAAGGGUUGUACUGCAUGUCCACUCGCAACUUCAAGAAAGCAGCUGAUCUUUUCCUUGAUUCCAUAUCAACUUUCACUACUUAUGAACUUUUCCCAUAUGACACCUUCAUAUUCUACACUGUUUUAGCCAGUAUUAUUUCAUUGGAUCGGGUUUCCCUUAAGCAAAAGGUUGUGGAUGCACCAGAGAUUCUGACAGUGAUUGGAAAGAUUCCAUUUUUAUCAGAAUUUAUGAACUCUCUGUACGAGUGUCAAUACAAAUCUUUCUUCUCUGCUUUUGCUGGGAUCACUGAGCAUAUUAAGUUGGAUCGUUAUUUGCAUCCGCAUUUCCGUUUUUACAUGAGAGAGAUCAGGACAGUUGUCUAUUCUCAGUUCCUGGAAUCUUACAAGAGUGUCACCAUUGAAGCCAUGGCAAAGGCGUUUGGUGUCACAGUUGAUUUCAUUGAUCUGGAGCUGUCACGAUUCAUUGCAGCGGGAAAGCUUCAUUGCAAGAUUGACAAAGUAGCAGGAGUACUGGAAACCAACCGACCGGAUGCAAAGAAUGCUCUUUAUCAAGCGACCAUUAAGCAAGGGGAUUUCUUGCUCAAUCGCAUUCAGAAGCUCUCUCGUGUUAUUGAUCUUUAACUCUUUCUUUCUUUAAGUCUGUAACCUCUCCUUCCUUCCAUUUUCCCCAAUUCAAGACUCCUCCUAGUAAACUACAAGACUCUUGUUUUGUAAUAGUUUAUGCUUUUUAUGGUGUAUCAUGAUUCUUAUGCAAAUUUAUAAUACCAUUCAUUACCUGUCCA